AUGAAUUUCACACCUCUCAAUCCCCGGCCUUUACUGCAGCAACUGAUCAAUGACGACGUUAUCAUCCGCCUGAAAUGGGGUCAGACCGAGUACAAAGGGCGCCUAAUCAGCGUGGACUCCUAUAUGAAUAUCCAGCUGUCAAACACGGAGGAAUACAUUGACCGAAAGCACACGGGCACGUUAGGGCAGGUUUUGAUCAGAUGUAACAACGUCCUCUGGAUAUCCGCGGCCAAAGGAGUGGAAAUGAACGGAGAGGGACCUGACACCAAAAUGGAAGGUUGA